AGCGGGUUAUGAAUGAUAGGGAGGGACUGAACAUUGAAUCUGCUGCUCACUGCACAGCAGCGCUGCUGUCCUCUCUGAACUCUCAGUAUUCAGCCUUACAAGAUCCUCAAGCAAGCGAUUACAAGCUUUCUCUAUCACGAACUGUCACAUUCAGGUAUCGAGGAAUCAUUAAUAACCAUGAAAGACACUUUCGCCCAUGCACUGAAUAGGCCUUUGGCAGUUUAUGAUGUGACUGUGCGGGUGUAAGGUGGCACAAUGGCUGCGAUGAUACCGCCAGUAAAGCUAAAAUGGCUGGAGCACCUCAACAGCUCCUGGAUUGCAGAGGACAGCGAGUCCAUCUCCACCCGUGAAGGUGUUGCUCAGCUGUACGGCAAGCUUCUGGCCAAUAAGGAGGUGGUUCUUCUCCCUCAACAGGUGCUAUGUCUAAAGGGCCCUCAGCUGCCGGACUUUGAGCGGGAGUGUUUGUCCAGCGAUGAACAGGAGCAUUACCUGGACGCGUUGCUGGCCAGUCAGCUAGCUCUUGCCAAGACGGUCUGCUCGGACUCGCCUUUCGCCACCGCCCUACGCAAACGCCUGCUUGUCUUACAGCGAGUUUUUUAUGCACUUUCCAACAAAUACCAUGACAAAGGCAAGGUCAAACAGCAGCAGCACUCAACGGAAAACACUCUCGGUUCUGCCGACUUACAAGCAGUCAGUGAGCGACCCCGCUCGAGCACAGAUGCCCUUAUUGAGAUGGGCGUGCGGACGGGUCUCAGCUUGCUUUUUGCUUUGCUCAGGCAGAGCUGGACGCUCCCACCGGCUGGUCCAGGGAUCAACCUCUGCAACGAUGUCAUUACUACAGCCAUCGAAGUAGUGGGCUCCCUUCCACCACUUUCAUUGGCCAACGAGAGCAAGAUUCCACCAAUGGGUCUGGACUGCCUGGCACAGGUGACCACGUUUUUGAAAGGAGUGACCAUGCGAAACUCAGGGGCGGAUGUUGUGGGAAGGAGGCUGGCGUGUGAGUUGCUCUUAGGGUUGGCGGCACAAAGAGGAUCACUGCGCUACCUGCUGGAGUGGGUCGAGAUGGCGCUAGCCGCAUCGGCCUGUGUCAGCAGCCUGGAGCCCAGCCAGGCUUUACAAAGCCAGGAGGGAUUGAUGGGAUAUGACUGCUUCAUGAAUAUUCUAAUGCAGAUGAGACGUUCGCUGGGUUCAUCUGCUGAUCGUAGCCAAUGGAGGGAGCCGACACGCACACCCGAUGGCCUCUGUUCCUUAUAUGAGGCUGCACUUUGUCUGUUUGAAGAGGUGGGUCGUAUGGCUUCGGACUACUCAAGAACAUGCGCAAGUCCGGACAGCAUUCAGGCGGGUGAGGCGGCUAUGGUUUCUGAGACCUGCGAGGUGUAUGUGUGGGGUAGCAACAGUAGCCACCAGCUUGUCGAGGGCACUCAAGAGAAAAUCCUGCAGCCCAAACUAGCUCCCAGCUUCAGCGAUGCACAAACGAUUGAAGCUGGCCAGUACUGCACUUUUGUCAUUUCCUCUGAUGGCUCAGUCCGAGCAUGUGGGAAGGGUAGCUAUGGGCGCCUGGGACUGGGAGACUCAAAUAACCAGUCCACUCUUAAGAAGCUGACUUUCGAACCUCACCGUGCCAUUAAGAAAGUUUCAUCAUCCAAAGGCUCGGACGGCCACACGUUGGCCUUUACCAGUGAGGGGGAGGUGUUCAGCUGGGGUGAUGGAGACUAUGGCAAACUGGGUCACGGGAACAGCUCAACCCAAAAAUACCCCAAACUAAUACAAGGUCCUCUACAAGGAAAGGUGGUGGUUUGUGUGUCAGCAGGUUAUAGACACAGUGCUGCAGUCAGUGAGGAUGGAGAGCUCUACACAUGGGGAGAGGGGGACUUUGGUAGAUUAGGUCAUGGUGAUAGUAACAGUAGGAACAUUCCCACACUAGUUAAAGACAUUAGUAAUGUUGGUGAGGUGUCCUGUGGAAGCUCCCACACCAUUGCGCUGUCUAAAGAUGGACGAACUGUCUGGUCCUUUGGAGGCGGAGACAAUGGUAAACUGGGUCAUGGAGACACCAAUCGUGUCUAUAAACCUAAAGUGGCAGAGGCGCUUCAGGGAAUGUUUAUACGCAAAGUCUGUGCUGGCAGUCAAUCAUCUCUGGCCCUCACCUCCACUGGUCAGGUGUAUGCUUGGGGCUGUGGUGCAUGUCUAGGCUGUGGUUCAUCCGAGGCAACAGCUCUAAGGCCAAAACUGAUAGAGGAACUUGCCACAACCAGAGUAGUAGACAUCUCAAUAGGAGAUAGCCACUGCCUUGCUUUGUCACAUGACAAUGAAGUGUACGCCUGGGGUAAUAACUCCAUGGGGCAGUGCGGUCAAGGGAACUCCACUGGCCCCAUCACCAAACCCAAGAAGGUGAUUGGAUUAGAUGGAGUGGCCAUUCAGCAGAUCUCUGCUGGCACCUCCCACAGCCUGGCAUGGACUGCUCUUCCUAGAGACAGGCAAGUCGUGGCCUGGCACAGGCCGUACUGUGUGGACCUGGAAGAAAGCACUUUCUCUCACCUCCGCUCAUUUCUGGAACGAUAUUGUGAUGGCAUAAAUAAUGAGAUCCCACCGUUGCCUUUCCCAUCCUCCAAGGAGCAUCAUACCUUCUUGAAACUCUGUCUGAGACUCUUAUCCAAUCACCUGGCUCUAGCACUGGCAGGGGGUGUGGCCACCAGCAUCUUGGGGCGACAAGCGCGGCCACUACGCAAUCUCCUCUUUAGGUUGAUGGACGCAUCUGUGCCAGAUGAAAUUCAGGAGGCUGUCAUUGAGACUUUGUCAGUGGGAGCAACAAUGCUGUUGCCUCCACUGAGAGAGAGAAUGGAGUUACUGCACUCGCUCCUUCCUCAAGGACCAGACCGCUGGGAGAGCCUCUCUAAAGGACAAAGGAUGCAGCUAGACAUAAUUCUCACAAGCCUGCAGGAUCACACCCAUGUGGCGUCUCUGCUGGGCUACAGCACUCCUCCAGAUGCCCCUGAGCCUCCUGCUCAACCCUCCGACUCUACACAUGUGCCUGGCACACACUCGGAUACACAUCCUGACACACACUUAGCAGAGAUCCUUAUGAAAACUCUUCUUAGGAAUCUCGGCUUCUACACGGACCAGGCGUUUGGAGAGCUAGAGAAAAACAGUGAUAAGAUCCUGCAGGAAACAUCCUCUUCUGAUAGCAGCCAGCCUGCUCAUCUGCAUGAGCUGCUUUGCUCUUUACAGAAGCAACUACUGGCCUACUGUCAUAUUAAUUGUGUUACAGAGGACUCCAGCAGUGUGGCACUCCUCCAUAAACACCUGCAGUUACUGCUGCCCUAUGCCACUGAUAUCUACAAUCGAUCUACAACUCUUUUGAAAGAAAGUUCGGGGAAUGGCAGCGUGCGUGAAAAGCUACGAGAUGUGAUAUACAUGUCCGCUGCGGGCAGUAUGCUGUGUCAGAUUGUGACGUCUUUGCUGUUAUUGCCUGUAUGGGUUGCACGCCCACUGCUCAGCUACCUCCUAGACCUUCUUCCACCGCUGGACCGUCUCAACAGACUUCUGCCUGCCGCUGCUCCUCUGGAGGAGCAGGAGCUUCAGUGGCCUUUACAUGGAACCCCAGAUAUGGUUGAUCCAGCGUGUGUGUCAGGACUGGCACAGUGCUGGGUGUGGCUGGUAGAUCUGGAGCGUACCGUAGCCUUACUUGUUGGACGCUGUCUUGGAGGAAUGCUGCAGGGAGCUCCGCCCUCAACAGAAGAGCAGCACACUGCCCAUUGGCUCAAAACACCACUCUUCAGUAACGGCUUAGAGACUGAGAUUCCCCAGCUUGAUGCUUGUAUCAGCUCUUUGCUGGAAGUGGCGCUCUGUGGGAAUGAAGAGCAAAGACCGUUUGACUGUCAGUUACGUGCUGAUAUGACUGUGCUGGUGGAUUUGGCCCUUGGUUCGACUAAAGAGCCCACACACAGCCUGUGGACAAACAUGCAAGACUAUGGCAUCAGCAAGGAUUUGGAUAGUGCGUCGCUGCCCAACGAGGCUUUGUUAGACACGGUGUCCCGCUUCGUUCUGGCUGUACUGUUGAAACACACGGGGCUUCUGGGACAGGCGUGUGGAGAGGGGAGAUACCAGCCUUGUAAGGUGUUGGCAGAGGUGUAUCGCAGUGUUUAUAAAGUGCGCAAUCGCCUCCUGGCUUGCAAGAACAUGGAGCUUAUCCAGACCCGGUCAUCGUCCAGAGAACGCAGAAUUUCUGAUAAUGUGGACUCAGUUGAAAUGGACCCUCAGGAGCACUCAUUUACCCGCACCAUAGACGAAGAGGCUGAACUGGAGGAGAGAGACAGAGAGAGAGAUAGAGAGGAGGGACACCAGGAACAGGAAGAUGAUGAGGAGGAGAGAGAUCAUGAGGUCAUGACUGCAGGAAAAAUCUUUCAAUGUUUCUUAUCAGCACGGGAGGCAGCUCGCGGAAGAGACCGGGAUCGACCCAGCAGCAUGAGCGUACAGGAAGAGCCGACUCAGCCUGAUAUGGAGCGUAGGAACAGCACGGCCCCUCAGGAAGGACAAGAUCUUUACACCACCGCAUGCAAUGCUGUCAUCCACCGCUGCGCCAUGCUCCUACUGGCCGUCAGCACACCUCUUGCUCACAGCAGUCAGCAACAACUGGUGGGUGGGGCCAAUCAGGAUGGAGGCGCGUUCAUGACGAGGAGCGAGAGCCUGUCAGCAGAAAGUCGGUCUAUCCAGAGUAGUCCCAGUUACAGACUCACAAAAUCCAGAAGUGAGUCUGAUCUCUCUCAACCAGAGUCUGAUGAAGAGGGAUACUCACUGAAUGCGAGGAGGAAUGUGGAUCUGGAUUUAGCUUUUAGCCCUAAAAAAAGAGACCUUAUCUACAGUUCUCCAGAUUCUUCUGCUGACUGGUUCGGGGGUCGCUCUGGCCGUGAAGGUCUGUACAGCUCUUCUCAGUCCUACGGGGAGUCGGAUUUCGAUCUGAGCCACUCGCUCAGGCUUCAUGCCCUCAUCGAAAACAUAGUAAACUUCAUCAGUGGGGAUGUUGGAAAUGCACCGGCUUUUAAAGAACCAGAAGAGAGUGUGUCCACCAACCCGCAGGCCAUUAUUACAGCCAUGGGUCAACAGCAGAGCCGAGCAGAGUUGCGUCUGGAGGCCCUUCAUCAGAUUGUGGUGUUGAUUUCUGGGAUGGAGGAGAAGAGCAGUCAGGCAGCUUCUGGAGGAGUAGCCGGACGCGCAGGUUUCAGUUUUCAUUCUGCCUCUCUGCUCACGUCGGUCAGACUACAAUUCCUGGCAGGAUGUUUUGGCCUGGGUGCCGUCAGCUGUGGGGGAUUGAAGGGAGAGAGUGUCCAGCUGCACCACUACCAGGAUGGAGUGAGAGCAGCCAAGAGAAACUUACAGAUGGACAUUCAGACAGCUGUUCAUAAGAUAUACCAGCAGCUGUCUGUCACAUUAGAGAGAGCCCUGCAGGCUAACAAACAUCACAUAGAGGCCCAGCAGAGGCUGCUAUUGGUGACAGUUUUUGCUCUAAGUGUGCGAUAUCAGCCUGUAGAUGUGUCGUUGGCCAUCUCCAGCGGUCUCCUGGAUGUUUUGUCACAGCUGUGUGGCACAGAAACUUUACUUGGACAAACUCUGCAGCUCCUGCACAAACCUGCAGGCUCUCAGCUCAGCACUGCUCUCAAAGUGGCCAGCACCAGACUGUUACAGAUACUGGCCAUCAGCACUGGGACAUAUGCAGACAGGUUGAGUCCUAAAGUGGUCCAGGCACUGUUGGACCUCCUUUGUAGUCAGCUGAAGACUCUGCUAUCUCAGGCUACCGGAAGCACACUCGGCACAAAUACAGAACUGCAGGAGAAAGCAGACGACUGCGCAGAUGCUCAGAAAAAAGAUUUUCGAGCAUUAUUACGUAAGAGGCACACUGCCGAGCUGCACCUUGGAGACUUCCUGGUGUUUCUGCGUCGAGUGGUCUCUUCCAAAGCAAUCCAGUCCAAGAUGGCCUCUCCCAAAUGGACUGAAGUCCUUCUCAACAUCGCAGCUCAGAAAUGCUGCUCAGGGAUUCCAUUGGUUGGUAAUUUGAGGACACGUCUGUUAGCGCUGCACGUUCUGGAAGCUGUACUUCCUGCUUGUGAGAGCAGUGUGGAGGACCAUCAAAUGACCCAGGUGGUGGAGAGAUUGUUCUCGCUACUCUCUGACUGUAUGUGGGAAGCACCUGUUGCUCAAGCCAAACACACCAUCCAGCAGAAAGAGAGAGAGCAGGAGCUCAAACAACAGGGUGAGACAGAGGAGGAAGAAGAAAAUUUACCUAUUCAAGAAGUGACUUUUGACCCAGAGAAGGCACAGUGCUGUGUGGUGGAAAGUGGACAGGGGCUGACACAUGGCAGUGGUGGCAAAGGUUACGGUCUGGCCUCCACUGGCAUUUCUUCAGGCUGUUACCAGUGGAAGUUCUACAUUGUGAAGGAGAAUCGUGGAAACGAGGGCACAUGUGUAGGCGUGUCACGCUGGCCCGUGCAUGAUUUUAACCAUCGCACAACGGCAGACAUGUGGCUCUACCGAGCGUACAGUGGCAACCUCUACCACAAUGGAGAGCAGACACUCACCUUGUCCAGCUACACACAGGGAGACUACAUCACCUGUGUGCUGGACAUGGAGGCUAGGACUGUGUCCUUCGGGAAGAAUGGAGAGGAACCCAAACUGGCUUUUGAGGAUGUUGACGCUACAGAACUCUACCCUUGUGUCAUGUUUUACAGCAGCAACCCAGGAGAGAAGGUAAAAAUCUGCGACAUGCAGAUGAGGGGCACACCCCGUGACCUGUUACCCGGCGACCCCAUGUGCAGCCCCGUCACCACCGUCCUUGCAGAAGCCACCACCCAGCUGGUCCGUAUCUUACACCGCUCUGAGCGCUGGACCCAGACCAUCAACCACAGCAUCCUCCAGCGCUUCCAGCAGAUCAGAGGCUGUCUGCGGGACGGAGCCUCUCCUGCAGGGGCCACCAGACUGCGGAAGAGCCGCUCGGCACAGAGCCGAGAUGAGCAGGAUGAGAAAGAAGAAGAGCGAGAGGAGGAGAGGGGAAGAAGCGGACGACACGCUUCGGCCGAGCUGUCGGAGGCACACCUGUGGACACUGUGCCACCAGGUGUGGCCGGUGUUGGCUGUAAUAGGGGGAGUAGAUAGUGGGUUGAGGAUGGGGGGACGGUGUGUGCACAGGCAGACAGGGAGACAUGCCACUCUGCUGGGUGUUGUGAAGGAGGGGAGCACUUCAGCCAAGGUGCAGUGGGAUGAGGCGGAGAUCACCAUCAGCUUCCCCACUUUUUGGUCGCCCAGUGACACGCCACUGUAUAACUUGGAGCCGAUCGAGCCUCUGCCGUUCGACGUAUCUCGUUUCCGCGGGCUCACCGCAGCUUUGCUGCUGGACCUCACGGCUCUUGCGAGCUUCCAGGACGACGGACCCAAGCCCACCUCUGCUCGCCGGCACGAGCGCAGACACCGGCACGAACCCCAGGAGGAACGCGAGAGCGAGCCACGCACCAAACCGAAAGAGGGAACGGGGGACCUGCGCGUAUCCCACAGCCUAGAUGAGGUUCGAGCCCGUGCACCUCCCAAUUCCCGCUCUGAGAGUGAGCUGGCAACCUACACGCAUGACGGCGCGCAGCAGGCUCCAGCAGAGGGACGCCGCAGGCUGCAGGAGACGACGGUGUCGCGGGGAAGCUCGCAGGAGGCAGCUGCACAGGUGGAGGUGCAUGCGGUGCAGCUGUCGUACCUGUAUCUUGGUGCAAUGAAGACUUUGAGCGUACUCCUGAGCUGCAGCAAAUACGCAGAACUGCUGCUGAUACCCAAAGUGAUGCCGGAUAGUGGCCAUAAUGCAGAUUGUGCCAGCCCUGGCGUGAGCAUCUGUCAGGAGGAGGCGGAGCUGCGAUCUGCUCUGCAGUUUCUGAUGCGACACAUGGUGAAGCGGGCAGUAAUGAGGUCGCCCAUUAAAAGGGCACUCGGGCUGGCGGACCUGGAGCGUGCACAGGCCAUGAUCUAUAAACUGGUGGUCAAUAGCCUACUUGAAGAACAGGAAGGCCAAAGUGCCAAGCCAGUCGAUACAGAGUGCGAGGAAUUAGAGGGAGACCAGCAGUUUCAGACUCCAGUCACCACCUCCCCCUCGGCCUCCAGCAGCACCUCCUUCAUGAGCUCCUCACUGGAGGACACCACCACAGCAACCACACCCGUUACCACAGCAACCACACCUGUUACAGAUGCUGAGACCGCACCAGCUUCAGAGUCACCUGGAGUGAUGCCCCUCAGCCUGCUCAGGCAGAUGUUCUCCAGCUACCCGACAACUGCCCUGCUGCCGGUGCGUAGAGCGCAAACACCUCCCGUAUCAUCAUUGCCCACCUCGCCAUCAGAUGAGCACGGCCGUAGACAAAGCCUAACAUCACCUGAGUCCCAGCCUGCCAGGACAACCAGCAGAACAGCAUUAUCAGACCCCAGCAGUCGUCUCUCCACAUCUCCACCACCUCCAGCCAUCGCUGUUCCACUUUUGGAAAUGGGCUUCUCACUCAGACAAAUCAUGAAGGCUUUGGAAGCAACAGGUGCACGGGGUGAAGCAGAUGCUCAAAACAUCACUGUGCUUGCGAUGUGGAUGAUCGAACACCCGGGGACAGCAGACUCAGAGGAAGCUUCGGACCCCUGCUCUGGUGCUGCGGGAGGAGGUAAGAGCGCAGAGAGGAGUUAUCUGCGCUCUCCAGGAGACAUCCCGAAUGCUGAUGCUGCUGAGAUGGAGGAGGGAUUUAGUGAGAGUCCUGAAGGUCUCGAUCAAGAUGCGGCCUCAGCUGGUCCCACUCCCAGGAGCCGCUCUGCAGCAAACAGGAAGCACCGCUUUGAUCUUGCUGCACGCACUUUGCUUGCUCGUGCAGCUGGACUGUACCGUUCAGUGCAGGCACAUCGAAGCCAGGCCCGUCGAGAAGGCUCUGCUCUGCAGCAGGAGGCUGGACCUCUCGGGGCGCUUUACGACUUUAAUCUAGAUGAAGAACUGGAGCUGGAGCUGGAUCAGGAGGCCAUGGAGGCCAUGUUUACUCAGGAACUGGCUACCGACUCUGACAUUCUGGGAAUGUGGAUCCCGGAGGUACUGGAUUGGCCAACAUGGCACGUGUGUGAGUCUGAAGAUCGUGAUGAGGUGGUGGUGUGCGAACUCUGCGGGGCGAGUGUGUCCAGCUUUAACCAGCAUAUGAAGAAAAGUCACCCGGGCUGUGGCCGCAGCGCCAACCGCCAGGGUUACCGCAGCAACGGCUCCUACGUGGAUGGCUGGUUCGGUGGGGAGUGUGGAAGCGGGAAUCCUUAUUAUCUGCUCUGUGGCAGCUGCAGAGAGAAGUACCUCAACAUGAAGAGCAAGAUCAAAGGACCAAUGCCCGAGAGGUAUAAAGGGCAUGCACCAGACCUGCUGGGAAAGCAAGAAAGUGUGUAUGAAGAAGACUGGGACAUGCUUGAUGUGGAUGAUGCCGAGCGGCUGACAGGCGAGGAGGAGUUUGAGAUGCUCUCGGCUCCACUGGGUCUCAGUGAACGGAGACCCGUCCCCGAGGCCGUCCACUUUCCAGACACGGACCCUCUCGGAGCAUCGGUUGCCAUGGUUACCGCCACCAAUAGCAUGGAGGAGACUCUAUUGCAAAUAGGUUGCCAGAGUUCGGUGGAUAAAAGCUCAUCAGGUCGAUUGUCUCUUGGAGAGCAGGCGGCUGGUCUGCAGACGUCUGCUGAUCGUCUCGUGGCUCUGAAGAGAGUCACUGCAGCUGCACAAGUUCUGUUGGCCAGAACGAUGGUCAUGAGAGCACUGUCGCUGCUGUCAGUUAGCGGGUCUAGUUGCAGUCUGGCAGCAGGAUUGGAGUCUCUGGGCUUAACAGACAUUAGGACUCUGGUGCGUCUGAUGUGUUUAGCUGCGGCGGGAAGAGCCGGACUUUCCACAGGUCUUGCGUUAGGUCCUGGAUCCUCUGAGCGCCCACGAGGGGCCAGCAAGGCCACCAAACCCAUCUCUUGUUUGGCGUACCUCAGCACUGCCGUAGGCUGCCUGGCAUCAAACAGCCCCAGCGCUGCCAAACUUCUUGUCCAGCUGUGCACUCAGAAUCUGAUAUCAGCUGCCACAGGGAUGAAUCUGACCACAGUGGAUGAUCCAAUCCAGAGAAAAUUUCUGCCAAGUUUCCUAAGAGGUGUGGCUGAAGAAAACAAGCUGGUGACGUCACCCAAUUUUGUGGUGACCCAGGCACUGGUGGCCCUGCUUGCAGAUAAAGGUGCCAGACUUCGGCACGGCUACGAUAAAGCUGAACUAGAAAAGAGAGGUUUAAUUUCCCCUCUCUAUGCCCACCUUUCCUGUGCCCCCCUUGCUGUAGGCCCGCUGGAACUGGCAAAUGCUCUUGCGGCAUGUUGCCUUUCGUCCCGCCUGUCGUCGCAGCACCGCCAAUGGGCCGCGCAGCAGUUAGUGCGCACACUGGCUGCUCAUGACCGAGACAAUCAGAGCCACCCGCAGACGCUUGCCGACGUGGCAGGAGACCUGCGGAAGUGGUCCACCUUCAAACUAGAGGCUCAUCAGAGCAGGGUGUUUACAUGUGGGUGGUGUAGUAAAAAAGGCCUCCUGGCCACCAGCGGAAAUGAUGGAACGGUCCGCGUUUGGAACGUUACCAAAAACCAGUACACUCUUCAGCAAACAUGUGUCUUUAACAAAGCUGAUGAUACUUCUGAGGAAUGUUUGAAUAACUUGGGGUCACCAAGUGAUCCAAACUUUGCACCAGUGGCCUGGAGUGUCAGUGGGAAGUAUGUGGCUGCUGCCAUGGAGAAAGCUGUUAACAUCUGGCAGGUCAACGGUGGGAAAGCCACUUUGGACCUGCAGCCUCAAUGGGUAUCAGCGCUUGCUUGGCCGGAGGAGGAGGCGGGGUCUCUCUGGGGAGGAGAACCUCGAGAGCUGCUAUUGGUGGGUCGGAUGGAUGGGACACUGGGCCUGAUUGAGGUUCUGGAUGAUUCUAACAUCCAGAGAACUGAACUUCAGCACUGCUUUAGGAAAGAUGUGGCUGUGAUGCAAAUUGCAUGGUACAGUGAGGACCGCCCCUUUGCAGUUGGAUAUGCAGAUGGAAGGCUUCUGAUUGGCUCUAAAGAGCCUUUAGAAAAUGCAUCUGUGGUGGUCAUAGAUGCUCACAAGGAAAGCAUCUGUUCAUUGCACUGGGCUCCAGGUGGAGAGGUGUUGCUAAGCUGUGCCAAAGAAGAGAUUGUACGUCUGUGGGCAGGGUCAGGAUCAGGUUUGGGCCAAAGCUGGACAUGUCUGCAAAGUAUCCCCCAUCCUGCUGUUGUCAAUGCGGUUGCCUGGUGCAACCUGCCUGGUCAACGGCCUAAACCUCUCAACAUGUUUGCCACAUGUUGUCAAAACGGCCUUGUGUCUGUGUGGACGGUACCACAGGAGCCUUCAUCAUACUCGCAAUCCGGCACUCCAUAUCCUGAUGCGUGGUGGGAAGCAGAAUCCAAAUCCAAACUCAUGCUGGACCCACAGCGGUGUGAAGGAGCAGUGUGCGUGUUCCAGCUGCGAGGACACAUGACUCCCGUUCGGACGGUAGCGUUCAGUCCAGAUGGGCUGGCUCUUGUGUCUGGGGGGGUUGGUGGACUUUUGAACAUUUGGUCAUUACGGGAUGGAUCAGUGUUGCAGACAGUAGUUGCUGGAUCUGGAGCGAUUCAAAACAUUGUUUGGAUUCCUGAUGUAGGUGUGGCGGUCUGCUCCAAUCGCUCAAUGGAUGUGCUGGUUGUUAAUUGCUCAACGGAGUUCAUGGCAACCAAUCACGUGUUAGCAACCUGCCGCACAGCUCUGAAAAAACAGGGCGUUGUAGGAUUGAACAUGGCUCCGUGCAUGAGGGCCUUCCUGGAGAGGCUUCCCAUCAUGCUUCAGGAGCAGUACGCAUAUGAGAAGCCUCACGUGGUGUGCGGAGAGCAGCUUGUCCACAGUCCUUACAUGCAGUGCCUGGCGUCUCUGGCCGUGGGUCUGCAGUUGGAUGCUCUUCUGUGUCACCCACCCGUCCCGAAUCACUUGGCCCACUGCCCACCUGAGCCUGGCAUCUCACCCGCUGUCGGAUCCUGGGCAAGCAGUGAGUGGGCGUGGCUCCAUUGCUUCUCCACCACCGUUAAAACAGCCGAGGCUCUCGCACGUGGACACACCUUUCCUGAGUCUUUUAUUGUACCGGAUCUGGAACCUGUGGCCAAAGACAAACUAGCGCUACUUAUGGACAACAGCAAAUGGGUGUCUGGGAUGGAUGAGCAGAUCAUGUCUUGGGCCACUUCCAGACCAGAGGACUGGCACCUCGGAGGGAAGUGCGAUGUUUUUUUAUGGGGCGCUGGCAGACACGGGCAGCUCGCGGAGGCCGGACGGAACAUUCUGGUGCCAACUCUCGCUCCCUCUUUCUCACAGGCCCAGCAGGUUAUAUGUGGGCAGAACUGCACGUUUGUGAUUCAAGCUAACGGAACGGUGUCCGCAUGUGGAGAAGGAAGUUAUGGACGACUUGGACAAGGAAAUUCAGAUGAUCUGCACGUCCUCACUGUCAUAUCGGCGCUGCAAGGAUUUGUGGUGACCCAACUGGUAACAUCCUGUGGGUCUGAUGGCCAUUCGAUGGCUUUAACUGAAAGCGGAGAGGUGUUCAGCUGGGGAGAUGGGGAUUACGGGAAACUGGGCCACGGCAACAGCGACAGACAACGCAGACCUCGGCAGAUAGAGGCACUGCAGGGAGAAGAGGUGGUGCAGAUGUCAUGUGGCUUCAAGCACUCAGCUGUGGUGACUGCAGAUGGAAAACUUUUCUCCUUUGGUAAUGGAGAUUAUGGCAGACUUGGGCUUGGUAACACCUCUAACAAAAAACUGCCAGAGAAAGUAAGCGCACUGGAGGGCCACCAGGUCGGACAGGUUGCAUGCGGGUUGAAUCACACUCUGGCUGUAUCGGCUGAUGGAAUGACUGUCUGGGCGUUUGGUGACGGUGAUUAUGGAAAACUGGGACUGGGAAACUCCACAGCCAAAUCAUCUCCACAGAAAGUAGACGUUCUGUGUGGAAUUGGAAUAAAGAAAGUGGCCUGUGGGACUCAGUUCUCUGUUGCUCUGACCAAAGAUGGAAACGUCUACACUUUUGGGCAGGAUCGUUUGAUUGGUCUGCCGGAGGGCCGGGCACGAAAUCAUAACCGACCUCAGCAGGUCCCUGCUCUGAUGGGCGUGUUCAUAGAGGACGUAGCUGUUGGGGCGGAGCACAUACUUGUACUUUCAUCAACUGGAGAUGUUUAUGCCUGGGGCAGCAACUCAGAGGGACAGCUGGGCUUGGGCCACACCAACCAUGUGAGAGAGCCGACCCUCCUGACUGCUUUACAGGGCAAAAACAUCCUACAGAUCUCAGCAGGGCGCUGUCACAGCGCAGCAUGGACCGCACCACCUGUACCACCACGUGCUCCAGGUUCAUCAGUGCCUCUGCAGCUGGGUUUGCCGGUGUGUGUGCCGCCUCAGUACAGUGCUUUAAGAGAGGUCAGUAUAGAGGCUCUGAGAGCCAGGCUGCGCCUGCUGUACCACUUCUCUGACCUCAUGUACUCCUCAUGGAGACUGCUCAACCUCAGCCCUAACAACCAGAGCUGCACGUCACGCUAUAAUGCUGGAACAUGGGGCAUAGUCCAGGGUCAGCUGAGGCCCCUGUUGGCCCCUAGGGUUUAUACACUGCCCAUGGUGCGCUCCAUCGGUAAAACCAUGGUGCAGGGGAAAAACUACGGCCCACAGAUCACAGUCAAACGAAUCUCCACGAGAGGGAGGAAGUGUAAACCAAUCUUUGUCCAGAUUGCCAGGCAGGUUGUGAAACUGAACGCAUCAGAUUUAAGAUUGCCAUCCCGGGCCUGGAAAGUCAAGCUUGUGGGAGAGGGGGCGGAUGAUGCGGGGGGAGUGUUUGAUGACACGAUCACAGAGAUGUGUCAGGAGCUGGAGACAGGAGUGGUGGAUCUUCUCAUCCCUUCACCCAACGCCGCAGCAGAGGUGGGAUACAACCGAGACAGAUUCUUGCUGAACCCCUCAGCCUGUCUUGAAGAGCACUUGCUGCAAUUUAAGUUUUUGGGUAUUCUGAUGGGAGUGGCCAUUCGCACUAAAAAGCCUUUAGACCUUCAUCUGGCACCGAUGGUGUGGAAGCAGCUCUGCUGUAUUCCUUUGACCCUGGAGGAUCUGGAGGAGGUGGAUCUGCUCUAUGUACAGACCCUCAAUAGCAUCCUGCACCUAGAGGACAGCGGCAUCACGGAGCAGAACUUUCAUGAGAUGAUCCCUCUGGAUUCAUUUGUUGGUCAAAGUGCAGAUGGAAAAAUGGUUCCCAUCAUCCCCGGUGGAAACAGCAUACCUUUGACCUUCUCCAAUAGAAAAGAAUAUGUGGAACGUGCCAUUGAGUAUCGACUCCAUGAAAUAGAUCGGCAGGUGGCAGCGGUACGUGAGGGCAUGUCGUGGAUUGUGCCCGUUCCCCUGCUCUCUUUACUGACAGCACGGCAGCUGGAGCAGAUGGUGUGCGGGCUGCCGGAAAUCAGCGUGGAGGUCCUGAAGAAGGUGGUCCGCUACAGGGAAGUGGAUGAGCAGCAGCAGUUGGUGCAGUGGUUCUGGCAGACGCUGGAGGAGUUCUCCAAUGAGGAGAGAGUGCUGUUCAUGCGAUUCGUUUCUGGACGAUCCCGUCUGCCGGCCAACACCGCAGACAUCUCACAGAGGUUUCAGAUCAUGAAGGUGGACCGGCCAUACGACAGUCUUCCCACCUCUCAGACGUGUUUCUUCCAGCUCCGCCUCCCACCUUACUCUAGCCAGUCGGUAAUGGCGGAGCGGCUGCGUUACGCUAUAAAUAAUUGCCGUUCUAUCGAUAUGGACAACUAUAUGUUGUCCCGCAAUGUGGACAACGCAGAGGGGUCGGAUACAGACUACUGACACACACGUUAACGCACAGUUUGAGCUGUGUAAGACUUUGUUUAGGAUUCGGUGCAGGCUUUUAUGAUUUUUAUUGUUCACAAACAUUUUCACUUAAAUACAUAAUCCAGUUUUUAUUUUCACAUUUGUUUCUUAGCAGAACCCGCAUGGGCCACGCACUCUGUUUACACACAUGUAUAUUCAUUUUCUCUAAAGCUUUUGCCUUUUUUCAGGAUAUUCUGCAUGAAAGUGAUUUAUUUUAAUUUGUAUAGAAUAAUGGGGGAAAAGAAUAUUGUACAUUGUGUAUAAUGCUUCGUUAGGAAAUUGUUUUACAUGAGUAUCUGUAUUUAUUUGAAUUUUUGAAUUGCCUACACCAGGUUUCUUAUGUCAAAAGAUGCAAUAAAUGUUUCGGUCUAAAAA